GAUACAGGUAUAAACUGUAAACAUCAACUAUUUAUGCCGAAUAUGCUUUUGGUCAUUUGAGUGUAGCUUUCUUUUUAAAUUCAAGCUAGUUACAAAUUUUUACCAUGUUAGUAGAAUAAUGUAUGUGGAAUGGAAAGAUAAUUUAUAAAAUAAAUAUACAAAAAUUGUGUCGAAGAAGAAAGUACAUGUGGUUUACACAAGUACAAUUAACGAAGUUUUCAAUUAACUCCUUUCGAGUAACUCUACAUCAUUUUACUUGGUGAUAGAAUGCCCAUUCAAGCACCACAAUGGACAGAUUUCCGGUUAUGCCCUGUCUGCCAAAAUGAAUACAAUUCGUCACAAAGACCACCCAUAAGUCUUGGAUGUGGGCAUACGAUAUGUCAGUCAUGUCUCUUCCGAUUAUCAAAGCAGCAAUGCCCAUUUGAUCAGGCCGACGUUUUAGUUGAUAUUAGUAAAUUACCCAUUAAUUAUGGGUUGUUAUCAUUGGUUGGUGGAAAAAGACCUGACUUUAUUGAUGUUGACAUCCCUGUAGUUCAACAACAUAUUAAAGAGUUCAACAAUGCAAGAAAGGCCAUUGAAGUACUUGCACAAACCCUGCAAAAUGUUGUCAUCACUGGUACCUCAUCGUCAGGUAACAGCUACAACACUGGUAAUGGAUCCCUGACACGGCCCAUGCAGAGAAAACUUGUAACUUUGUUACAUUCUCAGUUAGCUGAAGAAGAGGGAAGAGCAAGAGCAAUGAGAUCUGCACGGAGCAUUGGAGAACGUGCUGUUAAAGAAUUGAUUUUGAUGCAUCAAAGUCCACAGACACUUUCGGCUGCUCUAUGGGCUGCAGUCCGCCAACGUGGUUGUCAAUUCCUUGGUCCAGCAAUGCAAGAGGCUGUGUUAAGGUUAAUUCUUUUGUCUUUGGAGGAUGGCAUUUCGUUAUCAAGAAAAGUGUUGGUGUUAUUCGUUGUUCAACGAUUGGAAAAGCAAUUUACUCAAGCAUCGAAAACUAGCAUUGGUCAUGUUGUUCAGUUGUUAUAUCGAGCAUCCUGCUUUAAAGUCACAAAAAGAGAUGGUGAUUCUUCACUACUGCAACUCCAUGAGAAGUAUCGCACAUACUCUGCAUUACGAAAAGAGCAUGAUGCUCAGAUUGUUCAGAUUGCUAUGGAGGCUGGCUUGCAUAUUUCACCAGAACAGUGGUCAGCGCUUCUUUAUGGAGAUGACGAGCACAAGUCACAUAUGCAAUCAAUUAUAGACAAGUUGCAAACACCAGCCUCAUUUGCAUCAAGUAUUCAAGAACUUAUAAUUGCACUGCAGCGGACAGACGAUCCUCACAAUUUGCAGAACCUUCGUCAUCAUCUUGACAAACUGUCCCUUAUUGAUCCAAAUACAGAGGCCGUUGGUCCUGAAUGGAGUGAUUUGGAAGAGUGUAUGGACUCUUUGUUGGUUGUUGUCUCUGGACUUCAGUUAUUUGCAAAGGAUUACGCCAGUAAAAAUAAAGGCAACAUUGAAGGUGCACAGAUGAUUAACACGAAGUAUAGAACGAGUAUGUGCCGUGACAUUAUUCAACGAAAUAGUUGUCCUCGAGGAACCAAUUGUAAUUUUGCGCAUUCCGAAGAAGAGCUUGAAAGAUAUCGAAAGCGGAGAAAUUUGCCGGUCCCUCGAUCUCAAAUCCCCAACAAUUCUGCAUCGAUCAACGGGAUGUAUGCGAAUUCCCGAUCUGGUUCGAACAGUUCGCCAGAUUCUUGCUGUGAUAUGGAAGAUACCAUGGAGAAAGUGGGAGCCAACUCGCCUGGCGUUAACAAUAAUUUGGCUAUUACUAUUCCACAGCAAGGUAACAUGAGUGUCCCACAUUACCGUCCAGUUGUGACGUCAGCAAAUAUGUAUCAAGGUCAACAACAAGAUAUGACUGACUCAAUGAAGCAAAUGAGUUUGAUGCCAUUCAGUCCAGGAUAUCAACAGCAGAUUCCAGCAAGAAAAGAAGAAGUAUUGGCGCCACCACCGCGUGACAUGAUCAAAGUACCGCCAACUUGCGAGUUGAUCCCUCAACCAGUACAAUCCAGACCAAGCCCGUCUAUGUUCCAGCAAAUCCAGUACCAGCCAGCCUACUAUGAUGUCAGAAAUCCAGCAACUCCUCCGGAAACGAUGUACUUGCAGAAUAAUCAACAUGCUUACAUGACUAAUGCCAGUGUCUAUCAGCACCCACCCAUGCCGCACAUAUAUCCUUACCAGCAAGAAUACCAGCAGUAUCCAACUAUGUUUUCCAACCAGCAAAUGCCAUCGCACUACAUGAUGCGAACUGCUGUUGCACGAGGAAAGGGAGGCGACCAUUCUGAUUUGUUAAAACCAACUUCAAAUGAAUUGAGUUUAAGCAUACCAGCUGUGAAGGAUCCUAAGGAAGACAAUUGGAAGUUUGCCAGCAAGAACAGCUCUUCGUCUUAUAACAGGAUCGAUUGUUUGGAUUCCGGACGAGGAUCUUCGAUUGGUGGCUAUUCAUCAGAGACCUUCUCUCCGUUGUCAAAUGCAUCAGGUGGUUCGCGAGGAUCUCCUCAAGCUUUUUCAGAUUCUGAUGCCAGAAAGAUAUGGGGUGAUGACAAGAUUUGGGCUCCCACAGAUUCUUCUAAAUUGAAUACAUGGUCCAGAGGAGGCUGUAAAACUUCCAGUAAUGGCUGGGACGCCAUUAUGGAUUUAAGUAGAUUGUCUGAUCCAGAAGAGAGAAACACCUCUUCAGACUCAGUUGGCAAAAGUAGCAGUGAUCAUCAGGCGUCACCUUUGGAGGACCAGAGCUACUCCUCUUUGAAAGAUUGGCCCCGCUCCGGAGAUUUGAUCAAUAACAAUAAUCCGGGAUUACUUGGUCUGAUGUCACCGUCUUCAACACGAAGACCUCCACCUGGUUUCAACUUGAUUUAAAGUCGAAACAAAGGCUGUUUGCGCCUUUGCUUAGUAUUCGUAAUUUCAUAAUUUUUAUCGUAAAAAUUAGGUUAUUUUCUUACAAAAUGCUAACCGAAAUCUAGAAAUUUGCCGGAUUUUUUAUUUUUUUGCCUUAAAGUAUCAUUUUCUUAUCCUGGUUAUCGGCAUUUUUCAUAUUUCAAAGAGCGUUUCUAGUUCUACUCGUCUCAACUACUUGCAGAUUUACUGCCAACUUAUAGUUGGUUUUCGUAGUUUAUUAAAAUUAAUUUUCUAAGAGAUAUUUUCGACUACUUUUUACGUUAGUGUUCGUUCUUGCAUAUUUUGAAUAUAUAUAUACAUAUCCUAGGUCCUUCUUUUAUGAGAAAUUUUAAAGGGGGCCUGUAAGAAUAUCUACUGCUGCUGUUGUUGUUGUUGUCGUUUCUGUUGUUGUUGUUGUUCUUUGAGUUUUUAGUGUUUUUUAUGGUCAUUUUUAUUUUUGUUUUUAUUUUUAUUUGUUUUUUUGUUUUUUUAAAUGAUUAUAUUUUUCUGUUUUAUAAAAUGGCUUGUUUUGUUGCUACAGUUAUAAGUCUGGGCUUACACAAGGCAUGCGUUUUUAUGUGCUGCCCACAGUGGCACAACAGUUGCAUAAAAAACUUUCUGGUGUAAAUCCGCUUUAGUCUUCUCUUUUUUUCGGGAUGGUGUAAAAGGAAUAGUAGUUUCCCUAUAUAUAUAUAAUGUACUUAAACAGUGUAUACAUUUAAGAUAAUUUUUUUGUUUAUUUUUUUCGUCGUGAAACUUGUGUACAAUUAACUCCUUAUACUUUUGUAGAAAGAACUCCAGAUGUCGGCGUAAGCACAGUAUAGAUAACAACAAGUCUCGGCAAAGUUCUGCUAAACAUCGCCGUCACACAGACGACAAAUGUUUUUUUCGUGUUGUGCUUACGUCGAUAUCUAUGAUUAGUUGUCAUCUAUAUAGAUGAUCAUUAUCCAACGGUAGCUAUUGAAUUAGAAGUGAGACAAUAAAAAUAAUUAGUUUAUGUUGACGACAAUUUUUUUACGAUAGGCGACACCACGUGUUAUUGUAGGUCGAUACACACCUAAUCAAAUUUUUUUUAUACUAUGACUAAAAAAGGUGUGGCUUGGCUUCUGUUUUGUUUGUUUGUUUGUUUGUUUAAAUGUUGUGUUCUUUGAUGUAAUGUUUGUAUUUGAUUUUAUUAAUUUAUUUGUUUUUGUGAUUUUGUUCAUCAUUUAAGUUAGUCAUCUAUACACGAAACUUAACCUUGUUGGCUGAAUCACCUUCGAUCAUAGUGUGGAAAGAUUUUCUCUAAAACUUGUGUACACCAAUGAAAUUAGUGGUAAAAGAUUUGAAAUUUUACUUUGUUUUUCGUAUAAAAAAGCGUGGGUUAUCCCAGUUAGAGAUUCGCCUGGAUACAUUGAGAAGUAAAUUCCGUCAUUGACACUAGAGAUUUGGUUUAUCCCAGUUAGAUCUUAACCUGGAUACAUGAGGAAUAAAAUCCGUCAAUGACAACAGAGACUAAAUCCUGCUAAUGUGAUUGAAUCUUGCUGGUGUGAGCCACGUCUAAACAUAAUUUUAUCAAUAAAUUUUAAAAAAUAACAUCCUUAUCAAAACGAGAUUAUGUGGGGAUCAUUUUCUGUGACGCCUCAAGGGUGAUAUCAUUUCCUCAAAAGUUAAACGUCCUUUGUUUUGUUUUUUACGUAUACUAUAAAAUAUUUUGUUAUAAGAUAAACACUCAAACCUCUGUAAACAAUAAACCACUUAACUUUUAGUAAUAAAAUAAUAACCUCACGUUAAAAUAAAUAUAUACGUUGUUGUUUUUUGUUUAUUUGUUUGUUUUGUUUGUGUGCGUGUUUGUUUUUUGUGUAAACAAUCAAGAACAAUGACUGCGUGGUUCAUUCACAAUUUUGCUGAUUCGUUUAAAUCUCUACUUCUUUUUCAAUGAGCAUGCGCGUAGUAAUAUCGAUCUUUUUUGUUGAUUUAUUGGCUGUUCAAAUCAGAGCUAAAAAAAUUUCUGUUUUUAAGAAAUGUAAUUUUUGUUUAUACUUUCCGUUCCAUUAUCUACUUUACCAAAAAAACAAGUCAUAUCUUCAGAGGCUCUUCAGUCAUGGCCCAUAAUGCUUUUGAAGACAAAAUCGAUAUUCUUUUUUUAUAAUAAUCUCUUUCAGAAGCCCUGAUAUCUUCGCCCUUCCUUCCUUUCCGUAAAACAGGAUAGGAAAAGUGUCAUGUGACUUUUCCUAUCCUUUUUAGACUUCGUACCCAUUCCUCCUGCUAUAUGUACAAGGCUUUCCUUUCUAUUAGUGAGCUUCGUACCCAUUCCUCUUACUAUAUAUACCUGAACUUACAAAUAUAUAAAAUAGUUUCUCUUAGGGUCUAAUAAUUUUUGAAUUUUUUACUGGAAACCUUGUGAUUAUUUUUUCAAUAAUAGUCCGAGUAUGUAUUAAAAAGUUAGUAUUUAAAAAUGGUAACUUCAGUGUUCUUAAAGCCAUUGCUUUGAACGUUUGUGGUUAAUUUUUACGGCAAACGAUGAUUGCACUCAUUUACACGGCUACAUAUAUAAAUAUAUAUACAUAGAUAUGUACGGUUUGUGAUUAUGUAAGUGUUUUAGCUUGCUUUAUCAUAUCUAAAGUAAAUCUUAUUUUAUUUUUUCUUGAGUGUAUCAAUUUAGUUAAUACGACGACUCUUACCGCCCAUAUUGGGCGUUAUGUUCACAUAUUUUUGUAGUACGCCAUGAUGUACGUCAUAUUGCUUUACGAUUUGCCUUUUUUGCAAGUUUUGGAAAAAUUAUUAAAAAACGUCGAA